CGAAUAACUUGCUUGACAAUGCAGUUGUUCACUUGUUCUUCCAUGAACAGUUGCGGACGCCACCAAUCAUCAAAUCCGAACAAGGCAUCGAAGCUAGAGAGAGAAUAUGAGCGAAGAAGGUCCGAAGCUGUACGCAAACAAACCUAAGAAAGCACAGUUGAAGCAGAUCCACCAGCUGAAGCAGGGCGACGCUGCUGCGAGGUCGUACACUAUGGUGCCUCCGCCUCCGCCUCCCCAGCCACGUCCUCCACCUCCGCCCCCCAGGGAGUCCUUCGCUCGGCGCUAUAAGUUCCUUUGGCCUCUUCUACUGACCGUCAAUCUCGCUUUUGGAGCUUACCUUUUUAUAAGAACCAAGAAAAAGGACACAAGCAUAGAAGAGGAAGAAGUAGCGAACGAUGUUCCAUCUACUCCAGCAUCGACGGCAGUAGCUGGAGCUCCAGUUACAGAGAAGCCUCAGUCUCUACCAAAUCAACCUGUUGCAGAGUUUGUGAAGCCACGGGACCUUAUUCCCCAGGACCAGCAACUUGAACUGUUCAAGUGGAUAUUGGAGGAGAAGAGGAAGAUCAAACCCAAAGAUCCCGAAGAGAAGAAGCGGGUCGAUGAGGAGAAAGCCAUACUCAAACAGUUCAUUCGAGCAAAAUCCAUCCCCAACAUAUAACAGGAUGUCAUUUCCUUUUCUGGAAUCUGGUGUUUCUCGAUCUAACACAUUUUCUUUUGUUCCAUUAACUUUACUUUAUUGAAUGUGAAAGUCUUCUCUAAUUGGUGAUUUGGAUCAGACAUUCUGUGGAUAUAAAGUCAUCUUUCGAAUUUUGAUAGA